AGUCGACGCGACUGUGUAUAGAUGGGUGAGCGGUGAGCGAGAAGCAGGGAUGACACCAGGCACUUGGGCUGCUGGUCACUGAGGUGAGGAAAGAGCCAGUGUGGGUGGGAAGCUCAGAUUAAACUUGGAGCUGUGGAAAUGCCUGGCCAUCCAAGUGGAGUGUGGAUAGUUGGAGUCUCGUUUUGGGUUCAGGGCAUGUUGAGCUGGAGGAAUACGAAUGUACACGUGGAGGUGGGCAGCUGCUGAGAUGAGACUGGAAGUGAGUGUUGGCAUGCUCUGGGCCAUGUGGACUUUGCCUGCGAGCGGUCUGGUUGUGGUAGAUGUCACUGAUGUGGACCAUGAUGCUGCGCGAGAAGUGCCUGGGGUCCCACCAUGGUGACUGUGUCUCAGGUCUCUAAGUUACACCCAAAUAUUUGUACAAAUACGUAAUUUAGGAAAUGAAAAUUGGGAAUCAGCUCAACCAUGGAGACGGCCAUCGGUCUUUGCCAUAUCAGUGAGUGGGUGUUUCUUUGCUCAGUCAACAAGUACUAACAUCACAUUGUGUGCUCCUCGGACACCCGAUGAUGGAGGAGGAAUGGCUCUGGGUGUAGGGCCACAUGGUCAGCAACUGAGCUAGACAGUGGGCUGUGGUGUCCCUGGGUUGGGGUGAGACCCUGAGCAGAGGUGGGGAGGUGAGGACGAGGCAGGAGGGCCUCUGAGCACUGCGCUCUACGUAGCUGGGCAGUGAGCAGGGAGCACCCCAUGGCCCUCCCUGGAGCUAAGACCAGUGUGACCUGGGGGUGGGUAGCUGGGAGAUGAAGCCCAGCCCAUGGGCCAGAGCAGGCAGGAGUGGGUUGCUGGGGGCAUCAGGGCCCAGUCAGCGGAGGAGGUAGUGCAGGGAUCCUCACUGCCUUGUGAGUCCUGAACCCUUUUGAGAAUCUAAAGUCAAAGCAUGUUAUGCUAUUUCAUCAUUAUUAUUACUUAUUUUUAGAGCUUUCAUGGAGAUAUACAGCCGUAUAGAAAUACACUUAAAGUUUCCUUUUCUCUUAUAGUCUUGACCUGGUUUCAGUAUCCCAGCAGGAGCGUUUGUGAUAUGGUUCUGUUUAUCUUGACAAGGUUGCGACCAGUCCUUGGCAUUUGGCCGUGAGCAGAGCCCUGGCGGGUCUGUCUUUCCUCCAGGCUCGCUCACAGAUGUGGCGAUACUGGCAGAGUGCAUUUGCUCAGCAGCUCUCCGAACCCCACCAUGUGCCAGGCGCCACUGUAGGUGCUGGCCUUCCCUGGUGAGCGGGCCCAGACAGUGGUCAGCAGGUCUGAGAGUGAGUUGGCAGGUGCUGGGUGCCACAGGGAGGAGCCGGGGGCCGGGGGCAGGGCUGUGUGGUCAGCUGGGCCGUAGAGGAAAGACCACAGUGGACCAGACAGAAAAGCAGGGCUCUUCUUGCAGUGGGUGCCAGGGACUCAGAAGUGACCCAGCUCCUCCAGUCAGUCAGCGGGAGAGAAGGAGAAGCCAAUCAGAUGGGCAGAGAGGUGGGCACACGGGAUGUGGAGGCGGCUUCCCCCGGCCUGAUUCAAGGAGGAGUGCUCAGGAACAUACAUGUCCAAGAUCGCAGCAGACUGGUUUGUGACAAGAGGGCACUGGGCAAGGGGCAGAGUUCAGCAGUUUGGUGACUUCUGUGUGAAAAUAAAUGAGAACAGGUGUUUCAGAGUGUUGCAUGAAGGCAGAAGUGUCUAUGGUGGAUUCAACAGGGUUUACUUGCUGAGCACUGGGCCUGAGGUGGGUGCUCUGCUGGACAGGGUCUCCAGUGAUGAGGACUCAGCCUCCACCCUGCUGGGGGUAGGCUGGGCACAACACACUGAAGAUAAUGACGGCACGGAGGACAGGACCGCAGCCGGCUUCAGGCCAGGGGUUGGGGUGGCCUGUCCAGGAGGCUCAGGGUCUUUUUGAUGGCUGCCCAGGAGCCGGACCCCCACCCUGAGGAUAGAGAGCCAGGCUGGUGGGGAACGGCACACACAGAGCUGAGAGGUGGGCAGUGCCAAGGGCAGUGGAGACGAUGUGGGCAAGCACUGAUGUGGACGAGCCCUGACGUGGAGAGGUGCUGAUGGGGAUGAGCCCAGACCAGAUGGACACCAAUGUGGACAGGGCUGGAGCAUGGAGAGGGGCAUGGCUCCCUGGGCGUCAGGGCCGCUUCAGAGAUCUCACUUAGGAGGGACAGGUCUGAUUUGCUUCUCUGUGUGUUGCUCAGACUUGACCGUGGAGAAUCAGUGGCGAGAGUGGGCAUGGGGAGGCCUGUCCUGGAUGGAUCCGCUGUCCAGACAGGAGACAUGGCAUUGUCCAGGGACUAGCCAUGCACACGGAAGGCCGACGGAGGACGUGGCUUGGAGGAGGAAGAAGGGAGGGAGGAGUGCCCCUGUGGGGCAGCUGGAGCUUGGACUUGGCCAGGGGUGGGAAGCAGGUGGGCAUUUUCUUAAAAAGUUGUCAUAUAACCAUUGUGGGUGUUUACUCCAGAGCAUCUGCCCACGCAAAGACAUGGCCACAGAUGUCACAGCAGCCUUAUUGCUAACAGCCCCAAAGGAAACAACCCAGAUGUCCAUCUACUGGUUUCAAAAUGUAGCUGAGGUUUCCACGUCGCCAUGUACAGAAGAUGGACAGAGAGCAGGGGCAGAAGGGAGGCGCAAAAGUGCAAGGCCAGCGUGCGGAGUGAAGCCACCAACCCAGAGAAGAGCCUCCACACAGUAGCUUGAAGCGCUGAUGCAAAGGCUGAAGGGGGAGCAGAAGACACCAAGAGGAGAAGCCAAAGAUGUUGACCAGAAAGAUUAAACUCUGGGACAUAAAUGCCCACAUCACCUGCCGCCUGUGCAGUGGAUAUCUCAUCGACGCAACCACGGUGACCGAGUGUCUGCACACGUUCUGUCGGAGUUGCCUGGUCAAGUAUCUGGAGGAGAAUAACACCUGCCCCACAUGUAGGAUUGUCAUCCACCAGAGCCACCCGCUGCAGUACAUCGGGCAUGACAGAACCAUGCAGGAUAUUGUUUACAAGUUGGUUCCAGGCCUCCAAGAAGCGGAAAUGAGAAAACAGAGGGAAUUCUACCACAAAUUAGGCAUGGAAGUGCCUGGAGACAUCAAGGGGGAGACAUGCUCUGCAAAACAGCACUUAGAUUCCCAUCGCAACGGUGAAACCAAAGCAGAUGACAGUUCAAACAAAGAAACUACAGAAGAGAAGCAGGAAGAGGACAAUGACUAUCACAGAAGUGAUGAGCAGGUGAGCAUCUGCCUGGAGUGCAACAGCAGCAAACUGCGUGGCUUGAAACGGAAGUGGAUCCGCUGCUCAGCCCAAGCCACAGUCCUACAUCUAAAGAAGUUCAUCGCCAAAAAACUUAACCUUUCGUCUUUCAACGAGCUGGACAUUUUAUGCAACGAGGAAAUCCUGGGCAAGGACCACACACUCAAGUUUGUGGUUGUCACAAGGUGGAGAUUCAAGAAGGCGCCGCUCCUGCUGCACUACAGACCCAAGAUGGACUUGCUGUGAGCGCCGGCAGCACGGCAGGAGGCAGCCUCACAACCGGGGCCAGUGAGCGCGGGGGCAGGACCACGACCGCGCUGUGGAAUGUUGCCUCCGGGUGUCGUGUGGACCAGACUUCUGAAUAGAGAAUAUUUAUAACUUUUGUAUGAGAGAAUUCCCACUCAGCCAGACACUACCAGCACCACGUCGCAGGUGAUGAAGCGCUCCAACGUCUCGCGCAGCUCGGCCGCGCUGCUGUAGCUUCGGCUCGCGGCUGGAGGGCGGUGCAGUACGGCACAUUCUGUCCUGACACGCAGGACCUUUGCUCGCUUCCCAGGUCUUGAAAAUCUUGGUCAUUUCAGUUUAGUUUAUAAAUUAAGUUUCACGAUAAGCCUCAAAAAUACUUGUAUGUUUAUUGAAUACUUCCUAAGUUAUUGAAAAAAUAUCUUUUCAUGGUGAAUGAUAUUUAUGUUGCCUUUAGCUUCCUGAAGACUGCGAAGAUAUAUAAAAAUUUAAUUUAAAAGCAUACCAAAAGAGGUUUCCAUUAAUAUUAUGAGUCAACCAUGGUAUUUACUUUUCCACAGUUCAAAACAUAACGAGGCCAAGAGCUCCCCUGACUCGCCUCGUGCGGUGUGGUGUCCUCAGCCCCCAUAGCUCCACCGACACGCUGGGGGCCAGGCAGCCCUGUGGCGGGAGAGGCUCUGUCCCACUGCCCCCCGAACUGGACACGGCUGAGACUUGGUGCUCACCGUCCCUGGCACGCCCAGCUGGUAGACCAGAGGUCGUUUGUCCAGCUUACUGCUGGUCUGUUGAACAACUGUUGUGAAAAAUGGCUUUUAUUGAACAGGGCACAGAUUGUUCCGUGCCAUCGUUUAAUCUCCUACUCAUUCUUUCCCAUUUUCAUUCUGCUGAAGAGAGGUGGUGGCGUUUGUGGAGGGGCUUUUCCAUCAGACGAGCGGUGCCGCCCUGCGAGGGCGUCUGCUCCCGCAGCUCCAGGUGUACAAACGCCUGGUUCCCACCACGUCCACCCUCCCCUCCUCUCUGCUCAUGGAAAGAGCUCACACACUUCGUGGCUGCUAAUGGGCCAAGCACAGGAGCAGGGGGGCAGCGGAGUGCCCGGGGGAGUGCGCCGUGCGGCAGCAGCUGCUUGUCCAGUGACUUGAUGACCUAUAACGCCGGUCACAGGCAGCACACGCUCGGUUACCCCCUCCUCCUCCCAAAUGUUAAUAUGUUUGUGGAUUUAGAGAAUAAACAAACUGCCAGCACAUAGAUAUCUGUUACUUUAAAAUGGUGUAAAGGCAAGAAUGAGGAGACAGGACCAGUCCUCUGGAGCCGUCACAGUCAUCCUGGAGCUUCCUUGUCACCUCCGUCCGUGUGUCCUCUGACUUCCCAGUGAGCUUCAGGUCCUCCUCCUUUUCUGGUGGGAGUGGUUCACCCACCGCCCUUGUCAGUGGACAGGUCUCUGAUGGUGGCCCCGAGGGCUGGGUUUUCCAGGAAGUAUUUCAUCUUAGUGACUAGACUCUUUUCUUGAAUUUGCUUUGAAAGUUAAAGUUGCGCUCAUCAACAUUCAAUUUUGUUUGUUUUCUUCUGCUUCCUGUUUUACGUACAUGAAUGUCAGAAGCAGCUACUGAGACCUAGUCUAAAGGGUGAGAAAAACAUUCAAAUUAAUUCAGUCCAAGUGAUUUUAAUGUAAGGUCUUUUAAAAACAUAAAAACAACUUCUUUGUUAGGAAUUGAUCAAAAUUCGCCUUUUUAUUUAAGCCCAUUAACUGCCAGUGGUGUUUGAAUUUUUCAAUUACCUAAGCUUGCUAUUCAUCCAAAUCACAUUUAGAGUUAUUCUACACAGUUUAAUGAGUAGAUGUGUGUGAGUAAAUAUUACCUGUCUACCUCAAAAGAUACCUUACUGCUGAAGCAUUCUGUAAAACCACGUUAUCACAAUGCAGUUUUAAGUGUAACAUUAGAAUUUAGGUAUUUUCCUGUGUGGUGAAAGUAAGGAAGGAUUAAACAGUAUGAGCAUCCAAAUUCAAAUAAAAUUAAUUCACAGUUCAGAUUAAACUUAAUAUCGCUGUAAUAAUCUCAUAUUAUAUAUUUGUAACUUUGUAGCUAUCUUUGAAAUCACUUGAAUUUGCUAUGGUGCUAAGUUGAUAUAUUUAAAUAUACAGAGAGGUGGAGAUAAGUCGGAGCCAGUAUUAACAUCUCCAGCUGGUUGCUGACCGCUCUUGUGUGACCCGCUUUUGUAAUCGUGUUAACCUGAUGAAACCUCAGCAGCAAAAGUACCUAUUUUUCUAAGAUGUCCUCCUGCAGACCGCCUUCACUACAGGGCGAUCCCUGGUGGCCUCCGGCCGCUUUGGUCUGACGCGGCCUUAUGAAGACUGCAGCCUGGUGAACCCUGCCGUCGGGAAGCUUCAGGGGUCUCCUUCAUUUUGUCAUGCUUUCAUUUAACAUCAAAAGCCUGAAUUUUAUUUUUUCCAGCAUGAAAGCCAGGAUCAGUUACUGAUUGGACCCUCUGAAGGUUUUAGCAGUGGAGUUGCUGUGGAGUUUCGCAGCUGCUGUGCUGGGGAGGCUCGUGCUGUUCAGCUCCCGCCCCACAUCGCUGUCAGCACCGGUGGGACCCUCGCUAGACACCGUUUUCAUGGAAAUAGAAAAUUCAGAUAGAAUAUAUAAUAUUAAAUUUAAGAUUUGGGGGGUUAAAAAAAACUUUAUAAAAUUAUUUAUUCUAUUUUAAGCCUUCUAUCGUAUUUUCCCAUCCAAUCGUUUGGUUUCAGUGGUCCAGCUUUAUUUACAGGCAUAUAAAAUGAAAUUGUGAGAUGUUUUGCAAGCUUCUUCUUUUUACUUUGAGUAGCUUUUAAUUUGUAUGUUUUUGUUUUAUAUGGAUGAAGAGCAUUGUUUAUGCUUUUGUGCAAUAGGUUCCAAUAUGCGUUUAUUAGAUGUUUAAAUUGCAAUGUAGCAUCUAUUCUGCUAAAUUGAAAGGGAAUGUAGGUGGAACUUCAAAAUAUAUACAUUCAGCUAUUUGGUUUUUCCUUUUUCAUUGUUGCUAUUAUAAGAACACAGUUAUCAGGAUUGUGCGUGUGCCUGUGCAAGAAUACCUGUCAGCAAUAUUUAAAUAUAAGUGACGGGGCAGGCAGCCGUGAAGUGAUGUGUGGCGCCAUCGUAGGCCAGCCUCAUGGCUGCCCGGGGUUUGUGCCCUCGACCCGCCUGCUCACGGCCCUGGAUGCACCACCCCCGUAGGACCCCACACGUGACGGUGCUACUUCCCCGGGGCUCCUGAGCCUCCAGGCUCGGCCUCCGAUGCCUCCUCGUGGCAUUCCAAGUCUUAGAAAUUCGUUUGGUUCUUUUCUCAAAGUGCACAGGAUAGUGUUUUACAGUGAUUUGAAAUGUGUCAUUGGAUAGGAACGAGCCAGCUGAUGUCUACGUUGUGCGUGAAUAUUCAAUGUGCUCUCCAAAUAUUGAAAAUAAAUUUAGUGCCGAUAGCAAAAUCACAAAAAACCCAGUUUCUCUGUUUCCUCAGGAAAUCAUUUACACUCCACCACAUCACACGUGACCUUAGCGUGAUAAACCAGUGUGUUUCUCUGCCUUGGUAUUUAAACACACUCAGUAAAUAUCAAACUACAGCGUAGUCUUUACGAAGAUCCCGUCCCUGCCGGACGGGCAGUGCAUGGCCAGCCCGGGCCAGGGUGUCGUGUGUAACUUACCGCGUCCGCGAGCACGUCUGAGGAUGGACUGCAGUGUGGGUGCCCCCAGCGUGUGUAGCAUUAGUGUAAAUGUCUAUCCAGCAACAUAAUUGGGUGUAAGAAAACCAUUUUCCCAAAGGAUGUGGGUUCAGGGUGAGGUGGUGCUGAGCCGGCCCACCAUGCGUGGCAACGUGGAAGCUGUCGCAGUUUAUGAAGAUGACAAUGCAGAUACAUAUUUUUGACUGUUUAAUUUGAAAGUUUACAUUUUUUAUGCUUUAUGUUGGUGUGUAAUUUUUGUACUCGGUGGCUAGUUUUUGUCUAAAAUCUUUUUUGGAAUAUUGCUUCAAUGUUUUGAUUUUAUGAUAGUGAAGCUUGUAUUCAGUGUUUUGCCAAUUAAUAUUAUAUGCUUGUAAUAAAAGCAAAAGAAAAACUUAACUCAAA